UACAAUAUCAGGAGAGAAAUCCCUGCGAAACUGCAACGAUGUCCGUUUAACCCUUUACUGCCAUCCACAACGGUUUUAAUUGGUGGAUGAAACUGAGCUCAAAAAAUGCCAAGGCAGUUAUUAACUUCUUUCGGAAAGCGGGCUCUUACUCAAAACAUGUGAAUGGUUUUAAUAAACUUGACUUGAAUAAGUUGAGUUUGUUAUUUUUAUUCACAUUGUAUGUAUUGUUUUUUCUCUAUUAAUUUUAAACACAUUUAAACUCAUUUAUUGAUUACUUCGUUUUUACUACGUCUCUAUUCCCCCGGUGUCAAGCGCCUUUUUACAGUCGAUAAUAUAAAUACCGAUGGCUAAUAAAUGAUUAUUAUCUCGGUGUUCCCUAGCCUACCGCGCCAUCCUGAAGCUAACAACUGUUUAUCAUCCCGGUGUUCCCCAGCCUACCGUGCCAUCCUGAAGCAGCCACUGAAGAGCGUCCGGGAGAUCCUGGUCAACCAGACCGCCCACAUGCUGGCCUGCUACCGCAAGAACUGUGCCAGCCCCUCUGCCGCCAGCCAGCUGAUCCUGCCCGAGACCAUGAAGGUGUUCCCGGUGUACAUGAACAGCCUGAUGAAGACGGCCCCCCUGGUGGGCAGCACGGAGCUGUCCACGGACGACCGCGCCCACCAGCGGCUGGCCGUCAUGGCCAUGGGCGUGGAGGACACCCAGCUGCUGCUGUACCCCCGCCUCAUCCCACUGCACAACAUGGAUCUGGAGGGCGAGGCGGUGCCGUCGCCGCUGCGCUGCUCCGAGGACCGCCUGUCCAACGGCGGAGCCUUCCUGCUGGAGAACGGCCACGCCCUCUUCCUGUGGCUGGGCCAGGCCUGCCCCCCCGAGCUCAUCCAGGGGCUCUUCAACCUGCCCUCGCUCGCUCACCUGCAGCCCAACACGGUCAGCAACGCCCGCAGGCUCCCCUCACCCUCAAACUGACCACCUGUUUGGUGAUCAGUCAAUUCACCGCUGAUCGGGUUCAGUGUUUCAGUGUACUUUGACGUUUAAGAUGCCAGACUUUAUAGAUGGAUAUAUCUUUUAAUCGAUAAAGUCUUUACAUCUAAUAUAACAGAGUGAUAAAAAAGAAAACACCAUCUAUCUAUUAUUUGUUACCAUCUAUCUACAUUUCAUCUUUUAUUUUUGUUUUUUCAAUUACAAAUAGUUUGAGAAAGGAUUCACCCAUAUGUUGUCGAAGCAUUCCCUUGUUUCACAGAAUGUUAAAUAAGCUAUUAACAUUAAGCGAGGUUAAAUUCCAUUCUUAUCAGCGUAAUUUAACACUUACUGUAGCUGUUUAUGGGU